AGUCUGAGCAGGAGAGAUAGCCUUGGGUGUAUCGAUGAUGGAGUGAUGGGAGGAGUUGGAUAUGAGUCAUUGUGGCGUAGACUUUCUCGAGGGGCUUGUGGUCGGGUCGUCGAGAGAGGGCAUCCGCAACGCGGUUGCUUUUGCCGGGGGUAUGGCAAAUGGUGAAUGUGAACUGGGCAAGGAAGUCUCGCCAGCGGGCUUGGCGUGGAGUGAUAUCUUUCUUGGAGAGGAUGGAGGAGACGAUGGUGUUGUCGGUGCGGAUGGUGAAGUAUUGCCCGUCGAGGUACGGGCGCCAGACUGUGAGGGCGUGAAUCACGGCGAGGAGUUCCUUCUCGUUGGAGGGGUAAUUCAUCUCCGCGGGAAGGAGCUUCUUGCUUGCGAAGGCGAUGGGGUAUUUGUCGGGUGGAGCCUCGAGGUGAGUGGGCGAGUCCUUGAUGGAGGGGGUCUCGGCGGUGUCGCGGGGGAAAUGUUGGGACAGUACGGCAGUGGUGACAUAGAAAUGGAUCGAGAGGACUUGGCGGAGGUGAUGAAGGUGGGACUCGAAGGUGGGGCUGAAGGCAAGGAUGUCAUCAAGGUAGACGACGACACAGACUUCGAGGAGGUUGCAAAAGAUGUGGUUCAUGGUAGAUUGGAAGGUAGCGGGGGCAUUGGUGAGUCCGAAUGGCAUCACGAGGAACUCGUAGUGCCCGAACCGAGAGCGGAAGGCGGUCUUGUAGGUGUCCUCCUCGCGGAUACGGAUCUGGUGGAAGCCACUGCGGAGGUCGAUCUUGGUAAAGUACUUGGCUCCAUGGAGACGAUCAAGGAGCUCGGAAAUCCGAGGUAGGGGGUACUUGUUCUUGAUCGUGAUCUGGUUCAAGGUGCGGUAGUCUGUGCACAUGCGA